AUGGAAGAAAGUCCAUCAUCUACAAUUUUUGAUGCUAAGAUAACAGGAAUCCGAUUUGGGUUGGCAACCAGUCAAGAAAUUUGUAAAGCAUCCAUUAGUGACUGUCCUAUCAGCCAUUCUAGCCAGCUGUCCAAUCCUUUCCUUGGUUUGCCUCUUGAAGCCGGCAGAUGUGAGUCCUGCGGGACUGCUGAGCCGGGGCAAUGUGAAGGCCAUUUUGGAUACAUUGAAUUGCCAACUCCAAUAUAUCAUCCUGACCAUGUUGGUGAACUGAAAAGAAUGUUAAGCUUGUUGUGCUUGAAGUGUUUGAAGAUUAAAAAUAGGAAGGUCAAGAAUAUUGGUGUUGCCGAAAGAGUGUUAUCCUCAUGUUGCGAGGAGACUUCACAAAUCUCAAUCAACGAGGUCAGGACUACCGAUGGGGCUUGUUACUUGGAGUUGAAAAUACCAUCAAGAUCAGUUCGAGAAGGAUUCUGGAACUUCUUGGAAAAAUAUGGAUUUCGAUACGGGCGUAGCUAUUCUCGAGCUUUGCUUCCUUCUGAGGUGAUGGUAAUGUUGAAAAAAAUUCCUAAGGAGACUAGGAAAAAACUCGAUGCAAAAGGGUAUUUCCCUCAAGAUGGAUACAUCCUGCAACACUUGCCAGUCCCUCCAAACUGUUUGUCCGUGCCAGACGUUUCUGAUGGGAUAAGUACUAUGUCUACGGAUUAUUCUAUAACUCUGCUUAAGAAAGUGCUGAAACAAGUAGAGGCAGCUGUAGCACAGUAUUUUCAGUUUAGAGGCACGGGCAAGGCAUCUCGUGAUGUGGAUACACGUUUCGGAGUCAUUGGUGUAUUAGCUGCAACUGCCAUGUCAAAUCCUGCAUACAAGGCGGUUCUUGAUUCUUCCCCGAGUAGUAACUCUUCGUGGGAGAUGAUGAAGGAAAUAUUGCUUUGUGGAGUCAAUUUCAAAAAUGAUAGUUCUGAUCGACGGAUAAUGCUAUAUCUAAAUGAUUGUGAUUGUGGAAGAAAGUAUUGCCAAGAAAAUGCGGCAUGUGUGGUCAAGAAUCAUUUGACGAAAGUUAGUCUUAAGGAUGCAUCAGUCGAUUUCUUGAUAGAGUAUAGACGAUCUGAAACAGCAGGUGAUAGUUCUGAGAUUGGUGCUGGCCUUGUUGGCCACCUGCAUCUCAACAAGACACAGCUGAAACAGUCAAAUAUUAGCAUGAAUGAUAUUCUUGAAAAAUGUCAAGACACCAUCAAUCUAUGUCAGAAGAAGAAAAAAGUUGGCAAUCUGUUUAAGAGAAUAGAUUUAUCAUUCAGCGAUUGUUGUUCUUUUUGCCAUUCUGCUGAAAGCAAGUGGACCGACACUCCGUGCUUGCAGUUCCUUUGGAUAGGGGCAAAUGAUGAUCAUUUAGAGAGGAUUUCUCAUAUUCUUGCUGAUACAGUUUGCCCAGUGUUGUUAGAAACAAUUAUUAAAGGUGAUCCUAUGGUUUCUGUGGCAAAUGUAAUUUGGAUUAAUUCUGAUGCAACUUCAAUCAGGAGCCCUUUUAAGAGCCAAAAGGGUGAGUUGGCUCUUGAUAUAAUUCUUGAAAAAAAAGCUGUCAGGAAGAGUGGCGAUGCCUGGAGGGUAGUCAUGGACUCCUGCUUGCCGGUCAUCCAUUUGAUUGAUACCAAGCGUUCGAUUCCGUAUGCUAUAAAACAAGUGCAAGAGUUGCUUGGUAUUUCUUGUGCAUUCGAGCAGGCUGUUCAGCGUCUGUCCACAUCAGUGACGAUGGUUACAAAAGGCGUGUUGAAAGAUCAUCUCCUUUUGUUGGCCAAUAGCAUGACAUGUGGUGGCAAUCUGAUUGGUUUUAACGCUGGUGGUAUUAAAUCAUUGUCAAGAUCACUUAAUCUCCAAGUACCAUUCAUGGAGGCUACACUGUUUACCCCGAGAAAAUGCUUUGAAAGAGCUGCUGAAAAGUGCCAUGUUGAUGCUUUGACAAGCAUUGUGGCCUCUUGUUCCUGGGGAAAACAUGUAUCUGUUGGCACAGGAUCACCAUUUGAAAUUCUUUGGGACACUAGAAAGGCCGAGUUGAAUCAACAAAAUGGACUGAAUGUGUAUGAUUUUCUUCAUUUGGUAAGCAGCAGCUCCAAGCAGGAAGAUAUGGGUACUAGUUGCCUUGGCGCUGAAAUUGAUUAUCUGGAUCAGGAAGAUGAAUAUAUGGAAUUUGACAUGUCUCCAGUCCGAGAUUCUGGUAUUGAAAAGCCAACAUUUGAAGAUGGUGAUAAUUUUGCUCCUGAUGAGAAUGAGUGGGUACAGACAUCUUUCGUUACCGACAAAGAUAGUGGUAGUUGGGAUGUGGUAAAGAAAGCCGAAAGUCCUACACGUUCUGGCUGGGGGGCUGAGAAAGAUGGGAAGGAUACUAACUUGGAUGGCAGUUGGGGGCAGGCAGUUGAGAAAGUCCAAAGCUCAACUCCUGGCUGGGGUGUUGAUAAAAGUGGGAGAGAUGGGAAGGAUGCUAACUUGGAUGGCAGUUGGGGGCAGGCAGUUGAGAAAGUCCAAAGCUCAACUACUUCUGGCUGGGGUGUUGAUAAAGGUGAGAAGCAUGAUGCAUUCUCUGUAAAGGAACCAGAAGAUUCUCCAAAGAAUAACAAGUCUUCAUGGGGGAAAAAGGUUGAUUCUGUUGAAAAAGAUCGUACAGAAAAGGCUGAACAAAAUACAUGGGCUAGUGCAAAUGCAUCCAAAUCUAGUGGUCAGUCCAAUUGGGGCAAGGAUGUUCCUACAGAAGAUAGUCGCCCGACACAGAUUCAAGAAGGGCAGUCAGUAUCCUUUUCUGCUUGGGGUGAAAAGCAAGAUUCUGAGGGAAAAGGUUGGAUGGAAAAAGAUGAUCAGAAUAAUUGGUCGAGUGCAAGUACAGCAAAGCAAAAAAAUCAGUCCAACUGGGGCAGAUCUUCUGGUGAGAAGGAUUGGAGCGGAAGGGAUGAUCGAAAUACAUUGGCUAAUGCUGGCACACAGAAAUCAAGCAGUCAGUCUGGCUGGGGCAGAGAGUCGGAUGAAACGGGUUGGAAUAAGAAGAAAGACCAAAGUAGUUGGGCUGUUCCGAGUACCCCAAAGGAUAACAAUAAGUCCAGCUGGGGCCGGGAUUCAGCUCAGACGGAAAAUGUUAUCCCUGCAAAAGCUCAGGAGGACUCUUCACGGGCUAAAGAUUGGGACACAUUGGGUUCUGAUGGUGGACAAGCUGGAUCAGGUUCAUGGUCUUCUUGGGCUGAUGGAGAGACUAUUGAUGUAUUGUCUUCAAAUGAUAAUCUAUGGGAAGCUAAAGUGGCUGGCCAAGGCAGUCAGUCGAAGCCUUCUAAUGCUUGGGGCUCUUCGAUUGACGGGGGUAAGGUUGAUUCACAAUCUCCCAGGGAAGCAAAGAAAGAUUCUCCAGUCAGUAACUGGAAUCCCAGUCCAAAAGAGUCAAAUGACUCCGGUUUUACCCCUCGUAGACCUUUUGCUGGUAGAGGAGAUUCAAACAGAGGCCGAGGUAGGGGUCGCUCUGGUGGAGACUGGAAGAACAAUAGAGGUAGGGGUCGCUCUGGUGGCAGACAAGAUUCUUCUGAUGAUUUCAGUGCACUUGGAACCUUCACAGUGACGAGGCAGCGCAUGGAUUUAUUCACCGUGGAGGAACAAGACAUUCUUUCUGAUGUUGAAGCAAUUAUGAAGAAUAUCAGAAGAAUUAUGAACCAAACAGGGUACAAUGAUGGUGAUCCUAUAUCAGGGGAUGAUCAAUCAUACAUGGUGGAUAAUGUGUUGAAUUACCAUCCUGAUAAAGCUGCAAAGAUGGGAGCUGGAUUAAAGCAUAUCAUGGUUAGUAGGCACCAGGAUUUCCAGGAUAGUAGGUGCUUCUAUGCAGUUUCUGUUGAUGAUGCCAAGCAAGAUUUUUCCUACCGUAAAUGUGUGGAGAACUUCCUCAAGGAAAAGUAUCCCGACAAGGCCGAAGCCUUUAUUCCCAAGUAUUAUAGAAGGCAGCAAGCUCGUACCGGCUGGAAUAAGGAUCGUGGUUCUGCCUCAGAAGCUAGAACUCCUGGUUGGAAACGGGAUCGUACGCCUGCUCCAGAUGAAGCUGGAACUCCACGCUGGGGACUGGAUCGUACUCCGGCUCCAGAAGAAGCUGGAACUCCGGCUGCGGACGAAUCUGGAACUCAAGGCUGGAAAACAGGCCGUCGAGAUGAAGCUGGAACUCCAGGCUGGAAUACAGAACGUACUCCAGCUGCAGACGAAUCUGAAACUCAAGGCUGGAACAAUGAAGCUGGAGCUUCAGGUUGGAACAAGGGUCCUACUCGGGUUCCAGACGAAGCUGGAACUCCUGGCUGGCAGUAG